GCCGGGCAGAGCAGAGCAGACAUUCAUAGCUGGCCAGCGCUGAGGGGGAAUACUAUAUUGGAGCUCGAGAGGAUAGUGGACACUGACGGUUCAGUGUGGGGCGCAUGGGACCUGACGGUUCAACUGCAGCUGACAAGACUGACUCCUCCCCAAUCUCCAUUCAAAGUGUGUGUGUCUGGGACACUCAGACAGGAGGAGGGAGCAGCCCCAGAGAGAGCAGAGAAGACCCAGUAAGGAACACAGCGACUGGAGGCAGUGCAGCAGAGAUGGACGCAGGUCCUCUGACAGCCGAGGGAGAGGGCUCCUCUCCGGAGGGCGAGACGGUGUGCUCCGCGCUCGCCCGCUACGAGGCCACACUGAGGGAUGCCGUGCGUGAGAUCCACGUGGACGUAAGCGCCUUCAAGCAGGGCGUGGAGCGCCGUCUAGUGGAGGCGACGGCCCACGCCAGCGAUGGCCCCCUAGGCCUGGCUGUGGCCCAGCUGCAGCAGGAGAACCGGCAGCUCCGGAGCCAGCUGGAGGCCCUUAAACAUCAGGUGGAGCUCCUCACUGGGAUAAUGUGCGACAGAGGCGCCCUGAUGACCAACAACAACAACAACCAGCACCAGCCAGCGUCCUUCCAGGCCCAGACACACAGCAGCAGCCAGGGGAGGGCGAGCCCCCAGUCCCCCUCCACAUCCCCCACCUGCCCUGCUGGUGGCCCCAGUAUGGGAGCCCUGACCGGGUCAGCCUUGGGCUCGGCCUCCAGCCCCACUGCCACCCGCUUCUCCAGCCGAGCUACCUUCGCUGUGUCCAGCAAGACUAACAGUAUUGAACGUGAGGAGCCAAUAGAGGUGGAUCCAGCCCCUGUAUCCCCUGGACUGGAGAAUGGACACUCUACUGACCCAGAAAACUCGACAGUGUCACAUGGAAAAAGCUCGCCAGCCAAUAACAACGUCCCGUAUGAAAACACGGCCCCUGUUGCCAUGCGGAUGCCCCACCUACCCAUCAAAGCCACAACCAAAACGGCUGACCCCUCAGUUAUGAAGAGCGAAUCUCCCACCAGUCCCAUACGCUCUCAGCCCUCGCCUGUGUCAGAGCCUACUGACAACAACCAGCCUCAAGCCAUCCCAGAAUCCCCCAUUCAACCAGUGUCUUCUAUGAAGACAUGGACCCCCAGUCUCAGCCGAGGUCUGGGCUCUCCUCGACUGUCAGAAAAGUCCUUGUCCGCUCCCCUAAAGUCAGUGACUUACUCUGGCCUCAUCCAACACAACACAGACCGGGUGGAAGAUGUGAGCGGGGACAUGCCCUUUGGCAGGGGAGUUGAGCGGAGGCGGGAGCUGGUGAGGUCACAGACAUUGCCACGCAACCUUGGUGCUCAGGCCCGCCGGUCCAUCUUUGAGAAGCUGGAUUCUGAAGCCAGCAGUAGGCCCAAGCCCAUGGACUCCAAGCCCAAGCUGAAGCGUUCUCAGAGCUUUGGUGUGUCCAGCGCCAGCAGCAUCAAGCAGAUUCUUCUGGAGUGGUGCCGCUCCAAAACCAUAGGAUACCAGAACAUAGACAUCCAGAACUUCUCGWCCAGUUGGAGUGACGGCAUGGCCUUCUGUGCCCUGGUCCAUUCCUUCUUCCCCACUGAGUUUGACUACAACGUGCUGACGCCUGCCGGCCGCAAACACAACUUUGAGCUGGCCUURGGGACAGCAGAGGAGAAGGCGGGCUGUGACCGGCUCAUCGAGGUGGACGAUAUGAUGGUGAUGGGGCGCAAGCCGGACCCCAUGUGUGUCUUUACCUACGUCCAGUCCAUGUACAACCACCUGCGCAAGUUUGAGUGAUGAACGAUGACCUGGCAGCUACUCYACGACAUCACCGCCCCACCACCACUACCACCACUCUCUUGCCUUCAGGGACAGCAGCAAUGCACACUGAGAGACGACACUUCCCCCUGCUGUAAUGGACAGAUUAUUACAUGUAUUUCUCCAGUUUGAGAAAUGUUUCACUCUGCCAUGUUGAGUGCUCAGCGUGGCUGGGUGGGGAUUCCCUGAAAGUUCUGUGUUAUGUUUCAGAGAGAGAGGAAGGAUCUUUCUCCCUUUUUUUUGGUGACCGACCAUGUUUAAGGCUUAUAUUGGCACAGUUGCUGUUUGAGAGAAUGGGACAGGUUGCGGAAUGAACUCUUUGCUGGGGAGAAAACCUAGUCCCUUUGAAGAAGCUGCAAGAGGACUUGAGCAGUAGGCCUAUAACACUGGACCAAGGACAAAGGACUAAGGAUCCAGAGGAUUGACACUGUGGAUCAGUCUACAUACCAUGUUACCAUCAUUUGGUUCCUUCUAGAGUUGUAUUUGUUCAGGCCUCAUUUACUUUAUUGUUCCACUGUGGUUUUCUCAGACCCGAAUGUGUCUACAAAAGGCCUUGCAUUGCAGCACAAUAGAAAAGCUAUACCAAAGUGUGCCUUUACAUCAGCCGAACAGAGGAACCAAAGUACACUCACUAUAAAGUUGAAGGGUAUGCUAUUUAACGAGCUAGAAGUGCAAAGAUUAACUGCACAUAUGUACCCACGAGAUGCAAAUGUAAAACYGCCUAUGUUCAUAGUGUUAUUGCUAUGGUUGUGAUUUUUAUUUUAUUUUCAUAGACAAAAAAAAGACAAAGAAAUCCUGAAUAAAUUGUUACUUGUUUCACACACA